AUGGCAGGAACAUCCACCAAUGUCCCCAGAGGAUUGUACCCAAGUUCAUUCCAAGUACAAACCCAAGAGACAACAGAUGGCAUGAAAACUUCCGAAGAAACACUCGUUAGUAUAGAUGAAGCCUUUGAAGAAUAUUUCGCUAACGAGGUUGGAGGAUUGACGAGUGGGCCAGAGGAUCUUGCUGCACAAGAUGAGCAACGUCGCACAGAGCGCUCACCAUCAAUGAGUUCUCUCUCGUCCCUUUUCGACCCCAGCUUACUCUCACCAGAAAGUUCCCCUGUUACGCCGGCGAAGAAGCUAGAUCACCCAAGGCUCUCCCACAAGCUUUUCGAGGACAAUUAUUCCAGUUUCGCACCAGUGGACAAACAUCUUCCGUUUGUUGGAGAGCCAAAUGUGUAUUACACUUCUACUAGUGGAGCAUUUGAUCCUUCAGCGCUUUUCACCGGAUUCAACAGAGGUUUUGACGAGCUCUCCACGGAGAACGAGCAAUACCCCGAGGAAUUAGCUCUCUCGCCUUCUGAAGUCUAUACAUAUCCAGACCCAGAAAGUCCGUCUUUCAGCCUUGACACAGUCUUUCGUAGACCUACUAAUCCAAUGCCUCAUCCAGUUCGUGGUCCGGUCCAGGCUGAUCCCUUCGUUGAGCAAUCAAGAAGCUCUCAGAGAUUUCCACAACCUCUUGCUCCAUCAACAGGUUCUGUUCAUCCAGACGUAUAUGCUCUUGACCCUUGGGAAGUUCCAAAAGGUAAGAGAAAUGCACCACUUCACCAAGCGUACGCUCAAGUGCAUCCAAAUGCUGCCUUGGAACUGCAGAACUGGAAGGGAAGGGAAGGCAACCAGAGAAAGAAGGCAAAUGCUGGCCCCGUAAAUCGGGCUACCGGAUUCCGAGAUGCAGCUUAUAAUUCUCAUGAGACUGACCUGAGGAAAUUGGCAGUCACCAACAAUGCCAACAUGGCACGAAACUCUGCGUACCCGGGAUCCGUUCCAAUGCAGUACGCUUCUUCCUCAUCCAAGAAGAAGAUUUCCUCAGCUGAUCGAGAUACAUUGGCACGACGCCCAGCGGUUGCUAAGGCCUUCGCUCAGCCGAAGCCCUCGACCUCGAACGCACCUUCCGCGGUUCCUCACGCUACAACCCAAUCAUCGAGCCAGUCUCAGAGACUCGACGGUGUUAUCCCGAAGGAAGUCGAGAAACAAGUCGCUCAACGUAUGACAGAUCUCACAGCUUCAUCAUCGACAUUCCAAAAGCGAAAGGCAUCCGAAUCACCAACACCACCCUCUCCAAAGAAGCUCAAGCCUUCCACCAUCGUGGUCGAGCACCCAGCUCUCUCUACGCCAUCCCCAAGACGACAAGCAUCCAACUCGCCUCCACCAGCUCCAAGAAAGCGCAGAGCCUCCGAAACUAGAGCCUCCGACCACACAGCUUCCGCUGCUCAACCACGCAAGACCAAGGCCGCAGAGCGGUGGGUUAUGGCACCGGUCAAGUUAACAUUAGAGGAGGAGAUCGCGAGUAUUGGACUUCAACCCCGAACCCGAACCCGAAAGCGCAAGGCGCCCGAGGUUAUCGUGAUUGAUUCGGAUUCGGAGGAUGAGCUGGAAGAAACACCGACGAAGAGGGCGAAGAAAAUGCCGGCGCGACCAUGA